CCAUUUCAAACAUCAUCUUUGGCUAUCCUCUCAAGCAUUCAUUUCAUCUCAUUCUGUCUUUCAAGAUUUUUGAGUAAGACAAUGGCAAGCCAACAACAGUCAAGCAACCUGUCCAAGAGCGGCCAAAUAAGCCAAGAUGGCCCAUGUGAGCAGAACGCUUCUUAUACUCAGCAAGCCUCCAACUUCCUUCAACAGACUGGGGAGCAAGUGAAGAACAUGGCGCAGGGAGCAGCAGAAGCAGUGAAGAGCACUCUGGGGAUGAACAAUGAAAACGCAGACAACAGUGCCACCGCUAACAUCCCAAGCAACACCAGCAAACCCAGCAACCCCAGCAACCCCAGCAACCUCAGCAACCCCAGCAACCUCAGCAACCCAACCACCAGGAUUUGAAGAGUGUCUUUAACUAAUUUUGCCAUUGUAAUUGCUUCUAUUUUUUAAUUUUUAUUUAUUUAUUUAAAGGUUUGUAAUGGGCAUGGCUUUGUGCUCUGCUCUCUCUCCUUGUCUGUUGUGAGGAGCUUUGUCAUUGAGAAUCUGUUGUGAUCUCUCCUCUGGCAUUAAUUGAUUUUUUUUUUACUUUUAUCCCUUUCUAUGGACACAUCUGCAGAAAGGCCAAAUAUCAGGAUGGUUAUUGUUUGAAGUGGUAAUCAUGAGAUUGAUUUCA